ACUUCAGAGAUGCGUUAACGUUAUUCUACAAGUCACGUAUUAAUCUCGCUACAAUUAAGAUAAAAGUUAAAUUUAAUGUAUGACGACUUCCCUAUAUCUACAUUAUCAAUCAGUUUCGGAAAGUCUCUUAUUUUACUUUGAAUAGUAUGUAAUAAAGUUUCAUGUUCGGAUUCGCUCUAGGCUCUAGGUAUAUAAAAUUAUCAUGAAACUGUGUUGAUAAUUCGCGAAUGUGUGUGGUUUUUCAAAUAUACUCGUAAUUUCAAAUCGAGCUGGUAGCCAAUUUUUUUCAUCGUUUUGAUACCAGAGAAUAAUAUAAUCAAUUCUUCAAGCCAUAUUUCUAAUCAGACAGAAUGUCUUCAACAACUCAUCGUGUGGAAAUUGAUGAAAUUAUCGACGAUAAAAUCGCCGAAAACGAGACGCUUUUCCAAGUCCGACUGAAAAACCCACCUGUAAAAUUUUGGCUACCGUGCGAUAAAAUGCCAUCGGAAGAUUUGAUCAUUAAGUACGUUAUACGUUUGAUUCCAACUUUACCUUCUGGACGACGCGAAGUUGCUCGUAAUUUUGACAGAAUCUACGAUUUAGUAAAGAAACCGGUGAAAAACGAAUUGAAUAAUUUAAUGAAUUCAUUCAGAACGCUUCGUGGACUCGAGUUGCCAUUUUCAAAUUACUACUUCGUUCUUAAAAGUUUACAGAACUUGAUACAUGAACGUAUCACCGAUUACGAAAAAAUCGCCAGCGUUAGACGCGAUAUUUUGGUAGAAGAAAUGAUAAAAGAGAGGCAAUCGCAGCUGGAAAAUUUGAAAAGCACUGAGAUCGAUAUUAAUAUCAUCAGCGAUCACAGGAAACCGAUUAAGGUGGUGAAUGAUUACGAUUUAGAAAAAUUCCCAUCGUCUUUGAACUACAUCAACGAACAGAUUUUCACCAAAUCUGGUGAGAAAAAAAUGGAAAAGGUGAUCAUCGGAUGCGAAUGCAAAAGCAGCGAAGAGUGUCGACGAUCGUCUUGUUCGCAUUACGAUUUCGAAAGAGAUGUUUUGUCGGUGAUUCAACCUACGAAAAAAGCAAAGGCUGGAGAACACUCCAAUCUGGUGGUUGUACCAUACGACGAUAGAGGAAGAUCUUUGAACAUGUAUCCCAAAUUCGAAUGUAAUGAACUUUGCAAGUGCGACGCGAAUUGUUCCAGAAAAGUUGUCCAAAAAGGAUCGAAUGUCGAACUCGAGAUUUUUCGAACUUUCAGCGGAUGUGGUUGGGGAGUUCGUACGUUGGAAGCCAUUGAAGAGGGCACUUUUGUCUGUAAAUACGCCGGCGAGAUUCUGUUAUGGGAAGAAGCUAAAAAAAGAGAUUGUCACGAGUAUUUGUUCGAUAGCGAAUAUAGUCAUGACUGGAAUAAAGGCCAUUCUAGGUAUAUAAUCGACGGCUACAGAUAUGGUAAUAUUUCCAGAUUCGUCAACCAUAAUUGCGAACCAAAUUUGAGUGUUCAGAUCGUAUGCAUUGAGAAUAUCUCCGUCGAGUUGGGCGAAAUUUGCUUUUUUGCUGCUAAAGAUAUCGCCGCCAAUGAAGAAUUGAGUAUUAAUUACAAAGAUCUCAUCUUGAGACAUCAUCAAACCUGCAAAUGUUCCACGUGUUACGAUUAUUACGAAUAAUAUCGAUUAUGUACCUACCUGUUACAGUGUUAUUAGGUUAUUGACGCUUCCAAAGUGAAUAUUUGAAAAAUUCAAUUGGAAACAAACGAUUCGAUACCAUUUGUGUGCGAUUGCGUGUUUUAUUACGAAUUAAUCAUCGACUUAAUAAGAAUUAAGCGUUACUGUGAUGUAUAAAUAAGAUAUUUUAUGCAUAUUUACCGGAUAAAUUAUAAAUUUAUGGUGACAAUUUUUUCGAUAUCAUCAAAAAUGAUGCGAAAGCUUGACAGUAUUAACGAUUCAUCAAUUAUAAUUUUUUUUUAGA